UAAUUUGAACCUGCUGUCAUCCUUUAAUAAUUUGCCUUGAAAAAAAUAUUUUUUAACGCCGUUUUUAUAUAGUCAGGCUUUGAUGUUUUUAUCAGUCAUUCAAGACUAUAAUGUUGCCAUAUUUACAAAUUAAUACAUAUGGUUAAAUUUAACAACAAAGCCGCUUAAGCAGAUUACGAAAAAUUAGCUAUUUUUUAUAAAAAAUGUUUUUUUUUAAAGUUUCGACGAUUUUUAUUCAAAAAAUCUGGCAACCAUGUCAACUAAUAAUCGUCCAUUUUGGCAUUUUAAAAAUAUCUACGCAGUCGGGAAGUAUAAUAAUUCGUGGCCGUCGUCUUUAAAUUGAGUGAAAAUAUUACAAAACUAUUAAAAAUACUAUUAUUUAAUAGAAAAAACAACAAACAAUAUAAAAUAGUGGUACCAAUAACAGCUAUUCAAUGGAAAAAAGCACAAUUUGAAUUAUUGUAAGAAUGAAAUACCUGCAAAAGCAAUUACUUUUAUUUGUUAACAAUGUGUUCUUUUUUUUAAAUUGUGAAAAUGUAUAUACGAAAGGAACUUGAAUAAAUAUAAAUUUCAUUAUUGGAAGCAGCAGAAUAGAAAUAAAAAUACAAAAAAAUAAAUCCAUGGUAAACACCACUUUAUAUUUAGUCAGUAUUCAAUUUAACUCAUCUUAUUAACCCACAAAAUACUACGAAUGCAGUAAUAUAGUGUAUAUAGAGAAAAAAAUAAAGGAAAGAAAAUAAUUCUUUGUAGUGCAUUGCAUUAUUAAAUGUAGCUAGCUGUCAUUACAUACGAAUAUGAUUACCAAAGCAAACUUUCGAAAAGUCAAAUAAAUAUUGCAUUCGUGUGUGAGUUAUUGAAUGAGUAGAAGUAUGUGUGUGCGUGUGUUUAUUUGACACGACAACAGAUCAGCAGCAGCAGCAACAGCAGGGGGAAUCGGAAAAUAUUAUGAACAAAAUGAAAACGCGUGUUAUAUUAUCAGAAAAGAAAAACAAAAACUAUCAAAAUUAUUUAAAAAAUUACCAAAAAUAAGUGAAUUACAUAUAAUUAAAACAACAAUACAUUUGUAAAUUGUUUAACAUAUUUUUUUUAUUUGUGAAAACACUCUCUUGUGACUGACUGUCAUAUGUAUGCGGGUUUCACCUUGUAGCCAGUGUGUCAGUCCAUUUUGUUGUAUACCUACUAUACUAAUCUUUAUGUGGUGUGGUGUAUAUAUAAAUAAGAUAAAAAAUUUCAUUGCAAAUGUUUUCUGGUGUUGGUGAACUGAACACCAAAUAAAUACAUAUAUGUACAUAUAGUUAACAUAUCCUAAAAUAAAUCCUUUUAACAAAAAGAUUCAUUCUCAACAACUUGAUCAUCAAGUAUCAAACAAUUUCCAAAUUUAAAACGUAGAAAAUUACGUUAAAAUUCUUUUUAAAACAAAUAAUUUGACUUACCUUGUUCUAAGAGGGUAAUUGAAAUUGAAACACAAAUUUUUACUUCACUAAGUGUCUACAUUGCUAAAUGCAAUGAAUCGGUAUCAAAACAAAAAUAAAAAUUCAACCAGUAACGCUGGCGGUGGAGCUUACGGAAAAAUGUCCACCCGACGUCAAAUGGAACACGAAAGUGGCUAUUAUGAAGAUGUACCAGAAGAUUGUUAUAACUAUAACGCAAAUAGCGGAGGCUCAGGAAAACGUCCAAGACAAAUGUCCAAUGAAGCAUUAUAUGGCAGUGAUAAAAAGUAUAAAUCUCAAGUGACGCAUCCAAAUAUGACUGGAAACAAAAAGAAAAAUACGUCCUCAUCAACAGCGUCAUAUGGUGGUCUUGGUAUGACUAAAAAGAGUCGCAACGUUCCUGAAGUUAACAGUAAUGGUGCAGUUAAAACGGCGACGACAACAACAUAUCACACACAGAAUCUUUGCUCGAAAAAAAGUAAUACCAUUAAAAGCAACAAUAACAAUAAUACCACAAGCAACAUAAACAAAGAAGCAAAACUUAAAAAUGUUGCUGGUAUUAAUACCAAAUUGUGUCUAAAUGCUACAAAUUACAAUGACUACUCCCAUAAUAAUAACAAUAAUAAUAAUAACUAUGGAAUAUCUAUGGAAAAGAAUCAUCAUGCAAAUGAUUUGGUAAAGAAUACAACCACAGUUGAUAUGAAUGAAAUUGUUGAAGUUCCUGACAGCGAUAGCGAAGAGGAAGCUGAAGCAGCUACAUCUUUAGUUAGUAAAACAAAGGCAAAAAUUAAAAACGGUAGAGCCAGUAACUCCAUAAAAUGUGUACCCACAUAUGUGGUCAGUGGUAGCAGCAGUAAUAGCAAUCAUUCUAUACAAAAUUUUCACGAACAACAGGCAUCCAGCUCAAAAAUACAAACAUAUAACAAUAAUAACAACAACCAUACUACUAGCAGCAAUAAGGAAGUUAAACAAAAGGAAACAACCGCUGAUAAUGAGUCAAAUAGUAAUCCCAAUGCCGAUCUCGAACGUUUACAACGUGAAAUAGAAGAUGUCACACAAGUUCAUACAAGUUGCAUUGUUGGUGAUGAUGAAAAAGUUAACCUAUCGCACUUCGAACUUAUACGAGUUUUGGGUACAGGAGCUUAUGGCAAAGUUUUUCUUGUGCGUAAAAAUGGUGGUGACGAUAAUGACCAAUUAUAUGCUAUGAAAGUUUUGAAAAAAGACACCGUAGUUCAAAAGAAAAAGACUGCCGAACAUACAACCACAGAAAGACAGGUACUUGAGGCUAUACAGCAAAGUCCAUUUCUUGUUGGAUUACAUUAUGCAUUUCAAACGGAUUCAAAGCUAUAUUUAGUUUUAGAUUAUGUCAGUGGUGGUGAGCUUUUUACACAUCUAUAUAAGGCAGAGCAUUUUUCAGAAUCGACAGUUCGUGUUUAUAUCGCUGAGGUCGUUUUAGCUCUUGAACAUUUACAUAAACUUGGCAUUAUCUAUCGGGAUAUUAAAUUAGAAAAUAUAUUACUGGAUGGUCAAGGUCAUAUUGUUCUGGCCGAUUUUGGUCUUUCGAAAAUCUUUGCACCUGACUCGGAUCAUCGAGCUCAUAGUUUUUGUGGUACCCUAGAGUAUAUGGCACCCGAGAUUAUAAGAGCUGGGCCAAAUGGUCAUGAUUUAGCUGUAGACUGGUGGUCAGUGGGUGUACUAACAUAUGAACUUUUAACGGGUGCUUCGCCCUUUACUGUUGUGGAGCAGCAGAAUUCUCAAAGCGACAUUUCUCGUCGUAUACAAAAAGUAGAUCCUGUGCUGCCGCCCACACUAGGGGAAAAUGUUAAAGAUUUUAUAUUGAAAAUGUUGCAUAAAGAUCCGAAAAAACGUUUAGGUGGCAAUAGCCGCAAUGCAGCAGAAAUAAAAAAUCAUCCAUUUUUCCGCGGCAUUAAUUGGAAUGAGUUGAAAAGUAAACGCCGAAAAGCACCAUUUAAACCGACAUUGGACAGCGAAGACGAUACUCAAAACUUUAGUGAAGAAUUCACUAAACAGCCAGUAAUAGAUUCGCCGGCUCCAGUGCCUGUAAAUACUCAUAGACUAUUUCGUGGUUAUUCUUAUGUGGCACCACAACAUCGUAAAAAGCUUUUGGAAAGAGAAAGAAUUCCCGAAUUCUUUGAGGAAUAUUGUAGUGAGCCAGUUUUGUCACCAACUCCUGCUCCUGAUAAUAUACAACUAAAACAAUUAUGUGGCAAUGGUGCUUUUGGUAAUUGUUAUUUAGGCGUGGAUGAAAUGGAUGAUAGAAUUUUUGCUAUCAAAGUUAUACCCGAAACUAAUUAUCGCCCUGCUGAAGUUGAUGCCCUAAUAGCUUGCGCUCAAGAUGAACAUCCCUCAAUUGCACAAUUCUUUGCUGUUUAUCGUAAAGAUUCAGACAUAUGGAUUAUUCAGGAAUUCGUAGAAGGAUGUGAACUUUCUAAUCAAAUAAUGCAAUCCGAAUGUGGACUUGAUGAGCUGUUGUGCAGUGACAUAUUUAAUAAAUUGGUGCAGGCUGUACAUUAUAUUCAUGAGAAGAAAUUCAUACAUGGAGAUGUUAAACCAGAAAACAUUAUACUUACCGUAGACGAUAUGAUUAAACUGGUGGAUUUUGGAGCAGCAUGUUAUCACGGCAAUGUUAAGAGUUGGCAUGAUAAGCCUCGCUUUACAAUUGACUAUGCUCCGCCAGAAAUGCUACAAAACCCCGAUUAUGCCACAUAUACAGAGUCUUUGGAUAUUUGGUGUUUAGGUGCUACUUUGUUUACCAUGUAUAUGGGUCAUUCACCCUUUCGGCAGGGCCGAGGGGAUCGCCAGGUAAGCUACGAAAUGCUAAAGCAACGUAUUCUAAACGAGGCCAUGUACACCGAGUCUGAGCGUUGGCAACAGGCCUCGGAAGAAUUAAAACAUUUACUACAAGGCUGUAUGGAAAAGGAUGUAAAGAAACGCUUAACACUUCUUCAAAUACUACAACAUCCUUGGUUCGAUGUAACCAUUAAACAAAAGGCAUUGCUACCGAUAGCAACUGAAAGUUACGAAUGUGAUCUUUAUAACACAGAUGACAUUCGUAAUACAAGAACGGAUAUAACGGAAUCCAACAUUAAAGAGGAAGAGGAACAGGAGGAAGAGGUCGCUAUUGACACCUGUUCUAGAACUGAAGAGGAGGAAGAGGAGAAGCAUAUACUUGAAGAUCUCGAAGAAGUUGACUUAAGACAGCAAAGUUUGCAAUCAGAAGGUGAUGUUACAAGUGGUUUAGGCCAAAGCAAAUCUUCUGAUGAAAAUAGUUUAACAGCAAUGGAAACUGAUGAAGUUUCUUCGGCAGAUAUACAUGUCAUACGUGAUGAAGAAUUAACUGUAAAUGGCUGUCCUCCUGAAAGUCUAACGGAUUUGGAUGAUUUCCAAGGUUUCGAUGAAAAUAUGCCACCCAUAACAAGUUGGCUACUAGACGUAAGUAAAUUUAUUAUUUUCGACAAAGUCAGACAAAUUAUCGGCCGAACUAGUGUGGCACGUAGCAGACAAACUAAACAAAAUGUCACAAGUGCGCCACCGCCAAUAACGCGGCGUUCAAUGCGCAGAGAAACAAAUCUUAACAAGAUCACUAAACCCUUACUAGCCAAUAACAAAAAUAGAUCUCCUCCAAGAUCCCAACAACAACAACAGAAAGAAACAUUAUCAUCCACCCCACGUAAAACCCGAAGUGCAAUUAUCAAUAAAGAAUGUGUGCCCGAUGUAUGGACGCCUGAAGAGUUUUCUGGUUUCGAUGAACAGGAACGCAAACGUUUGGCUUUGAAAACCAAGAGUAGUUGGCGUAUGUUCUGUACAAUACUGCACAGUACACAAAUGUCUUUAAAAUACUUUAAUUUCGAUCGAAGAGUCUAUAAUCGGACACUGGAAGAUAAUAGUGAGGAAAUUAAAUCUAAUAAAAAUAAAACUUCAACAAGAAAACAACAAAUAACAACGCCGCCCAUGCCACAAGUAACAACAACAGCAACAACCAGGGAGGUUUCACUAGCAUGUCGUAAACAACCCAGUCGUUUAGCUCGUGCCCAACGGGCCCGUUAUGUUUUUGAAUGAUUGCUGUAUAAUAUAUAUUUCAUAAAAUAUCCGGACAGUCCUACUUACAUUUGGCUGUUUUUAGUUUCAAUUUAAACUUUUCUUACAAUUGACGGUUCUCUGCUGAAUGUGUAAUUUUAAUUAGUUUUCAUUUAUUAUUAUUUUUAUUUUUUUUUUUU